CGCCCAGCGUUGAGCGGCGCGGGAGCUUUUCUUCUCCUCACUGUCGGUUGCGGGGGCGGGGCUGCAGCCGCGCCGAAAGGCCUUGCCUGUGCCGGCUUGAGCCGCCACGUCGGUGCGGACCGUCUCAUGAAGCACAGCAUGGAGGAGUUCGAGAAUGAAGAGGACGAGCCGUGGUAUGACCAGCAGGACCUGCAGCAAGAUCUGCAUUUGGCUGCGGAGCUGGGGAAAACUCUUCUUGAACGCAACAAGGAACUUGAAGAUUCACUGCAACAAAUGUACACAACCAAUCAAGAGCAGGUCCAAGAGAUAGAGUAUCUCAGCAAACAACUGGAGAUGUUGCGACAAAUGAAUGACCAGCAUGCCAAGGUGUAUGAGCAGUUGGAUGUGACGGCACGUGACCUGGAGCUUAACAACCAGAGACUGGUGCUGGACAGCAAGGCUUCACAACAGAAAAUAGAGCGGUUGACAGAGACAAUUGAAAGUUUGCAGAACCAAGUGGAUAUGCUUCAGAGCCAGGUGCAUGAAAUGAGAAGUAUGGAUCAGCUGCGAGUCCGGAGGGAUAAACGGGAACGCCGGAAAACCAUCCACACAUUUCCCUGUUUGAAGGAGCUUUAUGCUAAGCCCAGGUGCAGCUCCCCAGAUGACACUCUGCCCAUCGCUGGCAGCCUGGCCAAGCCUGAGCGGCUGGAGAAGGAGAACGAGCGGCUGCGGUUGAGUGCCAAUGCUCUGCGGUUGCAGAUCAGUGAGGAAAGGCAGCGCAAAGAGGCAGCAGAACAGGAGUGUGCAGCCGUAUUGGCUGAGUACUCGGAGCUGGAGCGGCGACUCUGCCUUAUGGAAGGCUGCAAGGCACGGGUGCAGGAGCUGGAGGCCGAGUUGUUGGAGCUCCAGCAGAUGAAGCAGGUGAGGCAGUACCUAAUCAGUAGCGACGAUCCGCUGGCUGAUGCCCUGCUGGAACCGCUUACAGCCGCCCCCGAAACCGACGACUCUGCCACCUUGCCACUCGCUCCUGCUGAUGGCCCGCUGCGCGUGUGCAAGAGCAGCAGUGACACAGCUUUGAACACCCUGGUCACGCGUGAUGACGUAAGCCGACACGAGGGCAGCUAUGCCCUGCACGCCAACAGUGUGCGCAAGCGAGGAAUGUCCAUUCUGCGCGAGGUGGAUGAGCAGUACCACGCCUUGCUGGACAAGUAUGAGGAGCUGCUUGACCGUCUCAAAGUGACAUACUGUCGGAGCAGUGGGCCUGGGGGACAGAACGUCAACAAAGUAAACACGAAAGCAGAAGUGAGAUUUCAUGUGGCAACUGCAGAAUGGCUCUCAAAAGAUGUGCGCAAUGCUAUUAUCGCCAAGCACCAGAACCGAAUUAAUCGUGCAGGGCAGCUGAUUGUUACCUCAGAGAUCAGCAGGUACCAGAUGAGGAACCUGGCUGACUGUCUGCAGAAGAUCCAGAAUAUUGUGACGGCAGUGUGUGAGCCACCAAAGCAACAGUCCAAAGAAGCUGCUGAGAGUAGACGGAUGCGGGUGGAGAACAUGCACCGUGAACGGCUGCGACAGAAGAGGAUCCAGUCCAGCAUCAAACGGGAACGGCGGGUGGAGAUAGACUGAUGAGAUCCAAGUGGAACAACUGCCUGCACCACAGCUGGGAAUUGUCAGCAAGGGUUAGCUCUUCCUCCUUGUUUGUUUCAUACAAGCCAAAAAUGAAUUAAUUUAUUGUAAGCCCCUUGUUUGAAGGACCUCGUGUCAUUUAAGAUAUUCCUUAACUGUGAGAUUCACACCUCCAGUGUAUUAUUUCUGCAUCAGAGUUAACAUUCAUCUAUGUGGAAUGUGAGAACUUGCUAUUAAAGGGUGUACUUGAUA